GGGUCGCCGCGUAACACGAUGGAUUCGGCGCCCUGGUGUUUUGAUUUUAGGGUGGAACCCGCACACGGCUAGUAAGUGCCCGUAGCCUAAAAGCUCAAUAUACAUCGCGUUGCAGUGUUAAUUUCGAUAAUAUUUGUUCGUUCAAUUUAGUAUAACAAUUAUAUUACCUAAGUGUAAGAAAGUAGAAUUUCGUGUUGCAUCCAGAUUCUAUUGAUUUUCUAAUUUCUUUUUCAAUUUGUAGUAGGGAGCAGAGUUCAUAAUCUUGCAUUACGUAACGUUUCUUCUCCAUAUUUUCGUUUCGGCUUACGCAUAAAUAUUUGUCGAUGAUAAGUUAUCUAGACGUAAUUUUAUGUUCUUCACUCACGCGUUUCGAUUGUAUUUUCUCAAAAAUUAUUUUUCUAUUUGUGAAUUUCAGUGAUUUAUAUUUAUACUUCGAUCGAUAGUAUUAUAAAGAGUGUGAGUUUUAAAAGACGCCACCCGUAUUUAAUCAAAUGUUUUUAGACUUGUUUUAAGGGUUAUAUCUUAUAACUAAUAAAUUGGGCAUAGAAUAAUGGUCAGAUCAAUUAAGACAUAGUUCUAAUUUCUUCAUAUCUAGUUCAUGAUGAGCAAAGUUCUUAUUUUUUUUUUUUAAUUUCCACACAUUUCUAGUGGUAGUAUGUACAAUUUAAUUUUUCAUUUAAUUGCAACCAUAUUUUAGAAUAAAUAUUGCAAUUGUUCCUACACGUCAUAUUAGUUUCAUUAAAAUUUUUAUUCAGUGUUCAUCUAGUUAUUUAUUUUAAGGCUACUAUUAAAAAUUAUAUCUAAUUUUCUUAAGUCUGAUUUAAGCCUUUAAGCUUUUUUAAGUUUAAUAGUAAAAAUUAAAAAAGAAAAGGUCUUAAAAUGGCUUGGGGCUACUGGAGUGCAUCAACGGUUUCUGAUCGAGGCAAGUCACCAAAACGCCAAUCAUCAUCUAUGGCCUUUUAUAAUCAUCAUGUACCAACUUCUACUCCAGCUCCUCCGUCUACGUCUUACUACCAACACCAACCAUUACAUAGCACUAGUAGUUUUGGUUCCAUAGAAGAUGAUGAUUAUCAUCAUACCUCUACAUUUUACCGCCGUCCUUCACUAGGAGAUAUAGAAUUCACUGGACCUGGAUCAUUAUCUUUAUUGUUAAAUCAGUCUAUUCCUCCUUCUCGACCUAGAACUCCACCACCCCGUCAUUUGUAUGCACCACCAACUUCGCUAAGUUUGCCGGAUUCAUGUGGCUCAGCUAUGCGACAAAACAUGAACUGUUUUGGUUACCAGUCUACACCUAUUGUACAACAUUACCCUUGUAGUGUUCAUGACCCAUCACCAUCUCCUUCUAUAUCUGAUGACGAAGACCAUGUUUAUGCUACAGUUUUUCCUAACAUACCACCUGCACCAGGAAUGCCUUGCCAAGGAGAAGAUCGUAGUAUUUAUAGACGUGGAGCAAGAAGAUGGAGAAAACUAUACAGAGUGAAUGGACAUAUUUUUCAAGCUAAAAGAUUUAACAGGCGAGCGUUUUGUGCAUAUUGUCAUGAUCGAAUAUGGGGUUUGGGACGCCAAGGAUUCAAAUGUAUUCAAUGCAAAUUACUUAUACAUAAAAAAUGUCAUAAACUUGGUAAAAAAACUUGUACUAAUGAUCCUAUCAUUACUGAUGAUAUCAAUGGUGACUCACAAACAACCUUAAGUACCCCUAGCUCUGAUACAGCUUUGCCAGAUUUGAAAGAUUAUACUGAUCAAAAUUCUGUUAUUGAUCAAUCUGCUGAUUCUGUGCCUAUCGAGGAUCCACAAGCUAAAGGUGAUGAAGAAGUUGGAGUUUCACGUCAAUAUUCUAUUGCUGAUUUUGAGCUAAUUAGGGUGAUUGGCCGUGGAAGCUAUGCUAAGGUGUUAAUGGUUGAACUUAAAAAGACAAAAUGCAUUUAUGCUAUGAAAGUUAUUAAAAAAGCAUUAGUUACAGAUGAUGAAGAUAUUGAUUGGGUACAAACUGAAAAACAUGUUUUUGAAACGGCCUCUAAUCACCCAUUUUUGGUUGGUCUUCACUCUUGCUUCCAAACAGCAAGUCGUUUAUUUUUUGUGAUUGAAUUUGUACGUGGUGGUGACCUAAUGUUCCAUAUGCAAAGGCAAAGACGAUUGCCUGAAGAACAUGCUAGAUUUUAUGCUGCAGAAAUUAGUUUAGCUUUGAAUUUUUUGCAUACAAAAGGUAUUAUAUAUCGAGAUUUAAAAUUGGAUAAUGUACUACUUGAUCACGAAGGCCAUAUCAAACUAACGGACUAUGGAAUGUGCAAAGAAGGAAUAAGGGCUGGUGAUACAACAUGUACAUUUUGUGGUACUCCAAAUUAUAUUGCUCCAGAAAUUUUAAGAGGAGAAGAUUACGGAUUUAGUGUUGAUUGGUGGGCUUUAGGUGUUCUUUUGUAUGAGAUGUUAGCAGGCAGAAGUCCAUUUGAUAUUGCUGGAGCAUCAGAAAACCCUGACCAAAAUACUGAAGAUUAUUUAUUUCAAGUUAUCCUGGAAAAAACUAUUCGUAUUCCAAGAUCACUUUCUGUAAAAGCUGCUUCAGUUCUGAAAGGAUUUUUAAAUAAGAAUCCUAUAGAUCGUUUAGGUUGUAAUCGAGACACUGGAUUUUAUGAUAUUAUAACUCAUCCAUUCUUCAAAUCUAUUGAUUGGGAAAUAUUGGAGCAAAAACAAGUUAGCCCACCUUAUAAACCACGACUAGAUUCUGAUCGUGAUCUUGCAAAUUUUCCACCAGAAUUCACAGAUGAACCUGUACACUUAACACCUGAUGACCUACGAGUCAUCGAAAAAAUCGAUCAGUCUGAAUUCGAGGGUUUUGAAUACGUGAACCCAUUACUGAUGUCGCAGGAAGAUAACGUGUGACACGAGGAGGACUGCGGCGACUACGCCGCUCCCCAUCUGCAGCAGUACCAUCACGAUGCUGACUGUCCCUGUUCGACGACGAUCGACUCGCCCCCGGACAAUGGUAGACCGUCGUCCAGAGGAUGGUUCUGUUUACCACUUCGAUAAACUAAAAAAAAAAAAGAAAAAAAAAUACUAUAUUAUUAUUAACAAGUCUGCCGACGACGCUGCCGCCCGCCGUAAGAUAAUA